AUGCCAAAAACUGCAUAUGAGCGUAAUGAAAAUAAUAUAUUAGAACAAUGUUCUACUGAGUCAAUAAGAUCUUGUUCAGUAUCAGGAACGGAUGUAGAUGCUGAAAAAUUUAAAGAUUUUUAUCGAAGUAUUCCUGAUUACAACGAUAUUAACCAUUUGACGGAAACAGAAUUUUAUACAACCUUAAAACGAUUAAGGGAUAAGAAAAAACUGAUGUUUGGUCUUGCAGUUGAGCAUAUUGACGAUUGCAACGUGUAUAAUAAUAAAUUAUUUGAAAAAAUAGAUAAAGAUAUUUGUAUUAAGAAUGAAAAAUUGCAGAAAAGAAAAACCUCGCAAGACCGGAAUGUUGAUAAAACUAACCUUGAUUUAGAUAGUAUUGGAAACGCAUCAAAGGAAUCCAUUAAAAUGCCAAUUCGUCAGCUUAGAUCUGAUGAAGUUUUAAAAAAUAUUGAAAAAAAGAGUGACAAUGAUGUCGCAAUAUUGGAUCGUAAAAAAAAUAGUUCGUUAACUGUGAAAGGUUCCAAGUUGGACAGGCCAAAAAGAAAUCAUUCAGCGUGCUCAAUAUCUUGGCAUGAUGAUAAAAAUGAGGUUAAAAAUGAUGUUGAUGAUAAAUUUGACCGAUAUUUUGAGGGUAAUAGAUUGUUAAACGAUGAAGAAAUAUAUAAAACUCAGAGCAUGCCUGCUAGUCCGCUGAGAACGCAGCGAUGUGGCUCGAAUUUACGGGAACGUCGCAAAAGUAUUACUAUACCAAAGCCUUUUAAAAUGACGGAAAGAGAUGAAGAAGAACGUAUGGUGCGAGAGCUUCGAAGUUUACAAAAGUCAUUUUCCGAAAAUAUGUUGCAUCAGAAACGUGAGCGAAGGCGAUUUCGUACAAAACCUGUUCCUAUAGAAUCCCGAAUUCCUCUAUAUGAUAAAAUUUUAGAAGAUCAAGCUAUGAGACGCGCUAUAACAAAGUUAAACAGCGAAGCAGAAUUAAGAGCCCAAAUGAAACCAUUUAGCUUUACGAAAAGGGAAGAAUCUGGUGAAAUAUGUGAAAGAGCAGCCAAUAUUAUACCUAAACCUAAAAAAAAGAAACGUUUUAAAGCUAGACCUGUGCCUAAAAAUCUAUUUACUAAUUAUUUCUAUGACAAGAUUAAAGAAGAAGACUUUUUUCGUUCUAUGAACCGACGUAUACGUGCAGAAGAAAUGCUUCGUAGUUCUAGUUUUCCUGGUUCUAUGGCUUUACGAGAUCGAAGUCGGCUCUCAACUCCAGCAGCCCAUAGCGACUUACCAAUAGAUCCUUCAGUGCCAUCUGUCUCAUCUGAUAGGCAUAGACCAAUAAGCCCAACGAAAGGCAAAAAAAUAAAAAAUAUUAAAGAAGAUUUUAUCACAACAAGCCCUCAGCCGUUUCGCUUCAACACUGCUGAUAGAGCUUCUAAAAAGAUCAAUAAUAUUACCAAGAAGAUUUACCAGGAUUCUAAAAGCAGUAUUAGUGAGAACAGCAGUUUCCAAAAGAAUGUUGCCUUAGAUAAAAAUCAAGCGUAUUCUGCGUUAGAUUUAAAAGGGAUUGCCGCGGGAAGAUCUAAUUUAGCGGCCUUGCUACGAGCAGAAACUGUUAGGCAAAAGUUGGAAUUAGAAUCUGCAAAGCGCUUGGCAGAGCAGCGUCGAAGAGCUGAAAAUAGGCAUCGUGAUCGUUUACUGCGGUCUAAUCCAGCUUGGCAUAUGGUAAAAAAUAAUCAUGAAGAGGAUAUAGCUAUAAGGCUGCAAACUAGACGUGACGAAGAGAGAAUGAGACGUGAGGAGUUUCUUCAUGAAAUGGAAUUGAUGUACGGUAGAGUGCAGAAGCAGCCCAUGUUGUUCGAAAGAUAUUACGCGCCGCGAUCUGGUGCGACUACUGUGGAUUCAAUACAAUUUUCUCCUAGAAAAAGUCCAAGCAAAAAGAGAAAUACAAGAAAAUGUAAGGCAUAUCACUUACCGAGUCCAAGUAUAUCUCCAGAAUUACGCGAAAAUUUCCUGAAGUAUUUGGAUAAAGUAGACACAAAGAAACUAGAUCGAUCUGAAUUAUUUGAAGAUAUUGAUAGUUUAGAUAGAGGU